AUGUUGCAGAGAGCAGCAAGCAAUGCAUAUUCAUGGUGGUGGGCCAGCCACAUACGCACAAAGCAAUCCAAAUGGCUCGAACACAAUCUCCAAGAUAUGGAGGAGAAGGUGCAUUACACACUUAAGAUCAUAAACGAAGAUGGAGACACUUUUGCGAAAAGGGCCGAGAUGUAUUACCGUAAAAGGCCUGAGAUUGUUAAUUUCGUGGAGGAGGCCUUUCGAUCAUACCGCGCUUUAGCAGAACGCUAUGAUCAUCUGUCCACAGAGCUUCAAAGUGCCAACCACAUGAUCGCUACUGCUUUCCCUGAACAUGUUCAGUUUCCUCUUGGUGAUGAUGAUGAUGAUGAUGAUGAUGAUGAUGGUGACAAUCCCGAUAAACCACCUAAGAAUCUUCAUCUCAUUCCCAGUACUGGAUCUAAUAUACCAGAGAUUCCCAAGAAAGAGUUCAAGAGCCAGUCUCUGAUGGUGUUGUCGAGAAAGGGACCUGGUGAUAUGAAAAGCUCGGCAUCUUCUUCUGCAUUGGCGAGUUCGGGAUUGAGUAUAGAAGAGGCGUUGGAGGAGAUUGAUAAGAUUCAUAAGGGGAUCUUGGUGCUGCAGACCGAGAAGGAGUUUGUGAGGAGUUCUUAUGAGCAGUCUUAUGAAAGGUAUUGGAAUUUGGAGAAUGAGGUUACAGAAAUGCAGAAGAGGGUUUCUAGUUUACAAGAUGAGUUUGGUGUUGGCGCAGAGAUCGAAGAUGGUGAAGCUAGGACGCUUGUGGCGAGCACGGCUCUUAGCUCCUGUAAAGAGAUGAUUACUAAGCUCGAGGAGACGCAGAAGCAAUUUGCUGAAGAUGCAGAAAGUGAGAAGGAAAGGAUUGAUUCUGCAACAGAAAGGUUUGAAGCAUUGAGAAACAAGUUUGAGAUUAAGGUAGAAGAAAAAGAAGACAAGAAAGCUUUUUCUGGUCAAGAAUCGAGACAUGAAUCUGCGAAAGAAUCGAGAGAGGUUGAUUUGAAUGAGAACCUGAGUAAUGCUGAGUUUGCAGAGAAGAUAGAUGAGCUUGUAGAGAAAGUUGUUUCUCUGGAAACCACAGCUUCAACUCAUACAGCAUUGGUAAAGACCUUAAGAUCAGAGACUGAUGAGUUACAUAAACAUAUCCGUGGUGUAGAGGAGGACAAGGCAUGUCUUGUUUCAGACUCUAUAGAUAUGAAGAAAAGGAUGACGGCGCUUGAAGAUGAGCUGAGUAAAGUUAAAGACAUGUUCCAAAGAGUGGAAGAACAGAACAAGAAUCUUCAAAAUCAUUUAAGUGAAGCUAAUAGCACAGCUGAAGACUUGUCUGGAAAGUUACAGGAAGUGAAAAUGGAUGAAGAUGUUGAAGGGGAUGGACUUAACCCGGAAGAUCUUCCUGCUGAGGAUUUAGAUUCAAUCUCAGAAGACACAGAGGUAAAGAGUGCAGAGGAAAUUAAAGAGGCCAUUGUAGUCAAACAUAGUAGAGAUCAAGAGUCGGUGCAAGAAGAGAAAUCGGAUACAAAAGACUCUUGUGGUAUAUCAGAAACAGAGAGCACUUGUUUUGGCACAGAGGCGGAAGAUGAGGAGGGGAGAAACUGGAGACAGUUGUUACCUGCGGGUGGCAUGGAUGAAUACACAUCAGUACUAAGGGACUACAGAGAAGUGAAGAGAAAGUUGAGUGAAGUUGAGAAGAAGAACCGUGACGGCUUCUUUGAGCUUGCAUUGCAGUUGAGAGAGCUCAAGAACGCUGUUUCUUGCGAAGACGUGGAGUUUCAUUUCUUACGCCAGAAACCCGAAAUGGCCGGCAAGGAUUCUCCACAUCCAGUAGAAAUAAACCAGUCUGAAAGUGUGAGUAUUUCUCAUAGCUCUAACUCUUCAAUUUCCAUGGCACCGCAUCAGCAAGAGGGAGAGUGGAAUAGAACAUAUCAAAGAGCAAAGGAAGACGAGGUCAAGGUGAAAUUUGCAGAUACUAAUGAUACCCUAAGGAAGAAGAUUCCAACUGUGGAAGAGAAAGUGCGUGGAGAUAUUGACGCGGUGCUGGAGGAGAAUAUCGAGUUCUGGUUAAGAUUUAGUACAUCCGUUCAUCAGAUACAGAAGUACCAGACAGCAGUUCAGGACUUGAAAGCGGAGCUAGCGAAAAUGAGAAUUGAAAAGAAGCAACAGGACAAUGCAGGAGGCAUUAGUAACGCUGCAGUUGCAUCAGAGGCAAAGCCUAUAUAUAGACACCUUAGAGAGAUUCGGACAGAGCUUCAGUUAUGGCUAGAGAACAGUGUGGUUCUGAGAGACGAACUCGAGGGAAGGUAUGCAACGCUUUGCAAUAUCAAAGAUGAAGUCUCAAGGGUCACGUCUCAGUCGGGUGGUGCUAAAGUAAGCGAUACAGAGAUAAGCGGUUACCAGGCUGCAAAGUUCCAUGGCGAGAUACUCAACAUGAAACAGGAGAACAAAAGGGUCUUCAACGAGCUUCAAGCAGGCCUUGAUCGUGCAACAGCACUUAGAACUGAAGUGGAGAGAGUUGUAUGCAAACAAGAAGAGGAUCUUGGGUUCUUGAAUGCUACGCCGACAAGAUCUCUGAGCAAGAGCACGUCAUCAACAAAGCCUAGGAUUCCACUAAGGUCAUUCUUGUUUGGUGUCAAGAUAAAGAAGUAUAAACAACCGAAGCAGCCCUCAUCAAUCUUCGCUUGUGUCAGUCCAUCACCAGCUAUGCGGAAACAGUGUAGCUACAUUGUCCCACCCGUAAAGCGACCUGAAUAA